UAUUGUAAUUUUUUAUGCUCAGUGUGAAUACUAUCAGCAAAUUUAUUCGUGAAACAAUUAGUUUUGACUUUAAUUUGUGUGACAAGUAAAACAUUUUGUUAGGACUUAUCAAGGAUUGAUUAUGUUUUGUGUAUUUGGACAGUGGAGCACUUUCUGAUACGGUUAUUACGUUGAGACAACUUCGUUGUCAGGAAUGUCUGGAGGUAGGUUGGUGGUGCUGGACCGGCAGGGUCGCCAUGGCAAGCAGUUCCCACUACCCUCCGGGCUGGCCACACUCGGCUCAGAUGUAGCUUGUGACAUAAGAGUAUUGCUGCCCACUAUCUGCCCUCAUCAUGCUACAGUAGUGGUGCAUGCCAAUCAGAGUGUAGUGCGCAACGUGUCAGAUGGAGAGACGUUGGUGAACGGACAGCCAGUGAGCGUGGCGGCGUUAGCGCACGGUGACGUGCUGUCGCUGGGAGGGCGCUCGCUGCGCUGGCUCUACGACCGCCCCGACGCUGUACGAGCCCUCCAUACGCAACCUGCGGUGCCGCGGCCCGCGCCGCGCGCGCGCCCCAAGGCCGGCCGCAGACGCGCGUCGGCCGCGGCGCCGGCCGCCGCUCGGGAGCGCGGCCUGCAGCUGGAGCUCGAGAUGAGGCACCGCGCCUCCAUGCCCGCUAACGCUGGCGGAAAGCAAGUCGCCAUCGUGCAACCUCAAAGGAGAGACACCAACGAGCACAUCGAGCCGAGCCCGCGAUCCGCCGCGGGAUCCCCGCGGUCGACGGCGAGUCAGCGCAAGGGCGCGCUGCAAGCCACCACCAAGGCCAGCUUGUGGAUCGAGUCGCGCAAGACGCCGCCGCUGCGCCUGUCCGUCCUGCGCAAAGCGCACAGCGCCAGGAAGCCCGUCACCAAGAUCCAGGCACCGGCCAAGAUGGACUUAACUAAACAAGCGGCCAUAAUGCUUAUGGCGGGUCACACGCCGCGAGCCAAGCUAUCGGGUUCCCCUCAGGGCGGCAGCGGUGGCAGAACUCCGUCAUUGGUGCUGAAGAAACCCAGCCCCUUGGCGCGGCCGACGCCUCUGGGACGCGAAUCGUCGUCCAGUCGAACCCCAAAGCGAGGCGCGACUUCAGUCUCCCCGGGCGCCUCGCGAAGGUCUAGUAGGAGAACCGUUGUUGGGCAAUCGCUUUCAGUUUUAGAAAUAACCGACACCGAAGUGCAAAACUCCUCGUUGCGAGGAAGCAGGAUUUCCACUGUGCUGAAAACUAGCCCUCUUGGCUCCCCGCUUCUACCGAGCCCACGAAAAUCUGCAUUGAAAGACCCAAGUGUAAAGAGUGUAAGGAAAACGGAGUCCAUAAAGUUCGAUCUGAGCAAUCUCGAAAAUCAUGCGGAGGAUGAUGAAUCUGAAAUUGUAUUAGUGACGGACGCGUCUGCGAAUAAAACCUCAGCUGGUGAUGACAUGACACUACGUUUCUCUAAUACGUUGGCACCGAGUUCCCCAUCAUCACGGAGAUCUAUACACUCACGAGCAAGUAGAAUUCUCGAACAAGUGGGUUCGCCUAUAAGGGAAUCUCCCGUGUCUCAGGGAAAAACUUUGACGCCUGACUCCCCGCAAGCGAGAAAAUCAUUGAGAGGAAACUUCAUUGUGCAAAAAGCUCUGGAAGCUAGUUCUGUAACUGACAUUAAAAACGGUAGUAGAUACUCGCGUAGAACGACCAAAACCAUCUCAGAUCAAAGCUUCGAUAAAACUGUUGAAUCUGCAUUCAAAACACGCACGCUCAGCCCACGGGCAUCGGAUCAGAAUAAUAUGGAGUCCUAUUCCAUUGUCGAUUUGGUUUCUGUCGAUUCCAACGAAUCCACCAAAUCGGCUUCGGUUUAUGAUUCUGUCAGAUCAACGCGAAGUAGUUCCAUAGUUUUCGGAACGCCUCAGAACGGUGCUGGAAGGAAGUCCCGCUCCACCAUCGAACCCACAUUGCUCGGCUCCAGCACGCCGUACGUCAGGCAGACAAGAGUGUCCUCGAGGAGUCGCUCGACUCCUGGACCAUCCAGCAGCAAAAGUUCUCCAAACCGACUCGCAAAAGGUUCUGGAUCACGGCGAUCGCAAUCGCUUUUAACGCCUGAAAGCACACAGAAGCACAUCUCUAUAAAUACUACUAAAAUAUUACGUGCGUCUAAGAGCAGGUCUCGAAUAAGCGACAGUGAUCUUCAGCUUGUAUCAUUGGCCACUACAGAUUCUGAAGAGAAAGAGUCGCCCAAGUCAUCUAGACAGUCCAGCAAAGUGAAUUCAUCCCAAAAUAGCACUAAUGUUACGAUUAAAAGCCCUCGAAACGAUUCUUUUGUUAGAUUAAGCACCCGAAGCAAUCUACGUACCAGUCGACGUAAUCUCAGCUCUAAUAAUAAACGCAGCAGCUUUCGUAAAAAUGUUACGAUAAACCCUACAUUAGCUAAUAGCUCUCAAGGUGAAGGAACAGUCACUCCCGAGAACAGGAACAGUCCAGAAGAGGUGGGUACUCCUAUGCUAAGCAUCAGGAGCUUACUAGAUUCCAGUCAAAGCUCUAGGUCAUCGUACUCAUCUCCAAAGAAAGCGCGAAAUUCAAGUACUACCAAAAGAAAAACUACUGGAGCUGUUCUUUCGGGAAGUAAAAAGACUCGAAGCAGCGUCGGCAGGUCAAAAUCAUUUAACGUCGCUAUUCAGAAAUCUUUAAGAACUAUAAGACUGAGAAAAGAAUCCCCAAAUGCUUCUAAGACUGAUAAUUGCAUUUCACAGACUGACGAUGAAAUUGUUACUCCAAAGAGCGCUGUAAAAUUGAUUCAAGAAGCAGUGAAAAACAAGCAUUCGACUGCGAAAAAACCGAAGUCGAAACGUUCAAUAAUCGAUACUCUAAAUGAAUCUGACAUUGUUAAACAAUUAUUUAACAGCCCUGUAAAGAGAAAGCUCUCUCAGAGCAUGACUGAAUUUUCUAGGAAGCAACUCUUUGAUAAUGAUGACGCAGCGGCAAGACGACCGAAGCGCAACACAGUAGCGUUAACGGGCAGAACGCCUAAUAAUUCUGCUCUGGACGAAACCGGGCAGAUUACCCCCGAGAUGUUCGUCAGUCCUUUAAGUACACCAGGAAGCAGUCCUAACUUACGUGGAGUCAAACUUUUAUUCAGAGUAAAUACUCCUAACAAUGACUUGCGUAAUGUAAAAGGAGUUAAAAAAUUGUUACGUACUCCUCGAACAAGGAAGUCUGUCAAGAAUGAUUUGACUAAUAUUAGUGGGAUCAAAAAUAUAUUCGCCAGAUCUCCUAGAAACCGUUUAAGUGACGUCCGUGUGAAGAAAGUUUUCGAGGCGUCACCUAAAAAUGAUCUAAGGAGGGUAUCUGGAGUUAAGACUCUUUUUCAAUCUCCAAAAAAGACAAAACAGCCUAAGAAUGAUUUGAGUGAUGUAAGAGGUGUACGAAAUUUAUUUACGAGGAGGAAUGCUGCUAAUGAUUUAAGAAACGUUUCUGCUGUAAAAAAGACGUUACAAAACACGAACUCGCCAAAAAAUGACCUAACGGAUGUGCGAGGAGUGAGACGAAUGUUCAGACAAGAGAAACAGCAGGCCGACUACAGUGAUUUGAGCGGAGUAGAAGAACUUUUUAACGAGUCCAACGCGUCCCGUCGAGACGCAGAAAGCUUAUUUGAUCAGCUGAUCGGAAAACCGCCGAUUAAAGCAGUCUAUUCCAAAUCUUUCAUAAAAAAUCACAGACCGAAACCAAGCAGAGCAAAACAAACUAAAUCUCUGCACCAGUCUAUAGACUUAAUUACUAAUAAUGUAGAGCAGUGGUUAGAAGAGGAAUUAAAAAAGAGAGUCCAUAAAGAUGACAGUAUCAAAUCCAAAGUCGCAAAGGAAUUACAGAAAUUAGCGAUAGAUACGACUGAAGGGAAUGAACCGUUGCGAACUACUAGAGUGCGAAACAGUACUUUACAACAAAGUCACAUAGAAGCUUUAGGGAGAAAGAAGUCUGCGUCUCAGAUAUACAGUUCCCACACAUUGCCUAUCAAAAAGAGGUCUCUGCUAGAGACUCCUUUGGAACUAAGUGCGAAAUUAGACAAAUCUAAUAAACUGCCAAUAAAAAAGAGAGCUGUGGUACAUUCCACUCCCGUGAAGGGGCGAUACAAUAUGACUAUGAAUGCGUCGGAGUUGGGCCGCGUGUCACCCAUAGUUGCUGUCGAUAAAACUCAAAACUUAGAGAAUAACAGACGGCAACAAGUUAAAGAAUCGCCGAAACGCAAAAUGCAACAAGUCACUGAAUUAACUAAUGAUGUACAAGAGGUAAAUGUUGAAAUUUAUAAUGUAUCUUCAAAAUCACCAAAAAGAGGUGGAAACAUAGGGGCUAGAAAACAGGCCAAUGAAGUCAAAGAAACACCUAAACAAACAAGUAAAAGAGUCACCAAAGGGAAAGUAACUACAGAAGUUGAGCCUGCCACCGAAUCUCGACUCACGAGGGGGACACGAGCUAGAUUAAACACGAACAAAGCUGAUUAUCAAAGUAAAACGAGGCCUUCGCCAAUUACAAAAAGCAGGAAAGGAACUAAAUCUAGUAACAUGGUAAAUCAAAGUAAAAGAGAAAUAACCCAGGAAACUCAAAGCCGAUCGAGCCGUCGAGCUAAGGCAGAAAAUAGUGUUUCUGUAACUCAAACUGGUAAGGGACGCAAACGGAAAAUUGAUCAGGUUAUUAUUGAGAAUCGACCAGUAGAAGCAGCAUUAACACCCAAGCGAACUAGAAAUGCUCAACAGCAAGUUCCAUUCGCGGAAAAGAAAUCGCUGAAACCAAAAGGGACCCAAGCAAAAACACAAGAAAAUCAGGCGUUGCCUAAAAAGACUCGUCAAGGUAAUUUGACUGUCGAGAGUCCUGUUAAAGGUACACGAAGUCGAAGGAAUAAAACCGAAGAUAAAACAGUUUCCAAUACAAAGAAACGUCGAACGUCACUGGUGGUUGGCAAGAAACCUCCUGUAAUGAGUCCUCAUGCUGCGACAAGCACACGCAAAGCCAAAAAACAGAUUUCUCCAAUAACAGAAAAAUCUAAACGUGUAGUGUCAACUCUGAGAACAAAAUCUGAAAUAAAGUUAGCCUCCCAAAAAGCAGUGAAAACAACUCGCGCUAAAUUGGUAGUUGUGACGCCUUCGCCAAAAAUGAACCCUCACGUGAAAACUCGAGCGCACAUUCAACGUCCGCCAAAAGAAUCUCCAAAGAAAUCUCAGUCUAGAACUACGAAGAGAGAGCGCAGAAAUACGGGUAAACCUAAACAAAAUACUUCUUCAAAUCAAAGUAGAGGACGCUCUGUAGUCGAGCAAGAAAGCAAACCAGACUUACCAAUGAAGAGGGGGCGUAGAAAUGCUGAUAAAUCAGAACAAAAUACUUUCCCAGUGCAAAAUAAAGUACGCUCUAAAGUUGAGCAAGAAAGUAAACCAGACCCACCCAAGAAGAGGGGGCGUAGAACUGCAAACAAGAGCGUAAUUGUAGAGGAGCCACCAAACAAACGUAGUCGAAAAAUAGCUGAAAAGUCAGAAGGAAAACCGAAGACUACAGUGAAGUCUACAUCGGUUGACACAUACCCUAAAAGAGGGCGUAUUGCAAGGAGUAAUGUAAUACAACCGGUCAAAACUGUAACGAAGCCGCAAGGCAAAAAGGUUGCAGUGCAAGAAAGUACUCAAGCGGCACCUGGCAAAAGAAAUCCGCGGACCAAAGCGGAGGGAACUAGCUUAGUAUCAGAAACAAGAAAAGGGCGCAAAAGGAAAAGUGAGGACGAACAACAAGUUGUGCCGGCUAAAGUCGCGAAAAGUGAUACGAAAGUCACUAGAGGCAGGAAGACCACAGACGUGACUAACCCGAGUGCUCCGGCACGACAGAAACGAUCGACUAAGGACAAUAAGAAGGAAACAUUGAAGAACGAGAAGCUUAAAGACAGCAAGACUGUUCAGAACAAGACAACUAAGAAAGCGGAAAAGGAAGCUAUAAAAAUGAAGCCAAAGGCGACCGAGCCUGUGAAAGGGAACAAGGUGGCGACCAGUCCGGCGCGCGCUGGAAAGCGCGGCGCGGCGGCGCCGGCCAGGAGCCGACCAGCCGCGACGCCAGCUAAAGGGCGAGCAGCCAGCUCGCACAUCCGCCGUAGAUAACGGCAGUGCACAGCGCUCAAUACACAAGUACAAACUAUUAAAUGCCGCAGCGCAGUGACGCCGACCUAUGUUGCGGAAAGAUGGCGUAUUAAUUCAUAAUUUACUUAUUAUUCGUAGUAUUUAGUUGCGUUCCUUUAGAACUGAGUAGAUUACUUUUAUUGGUUAUUACUUUUAGUAUACGUGGCGUUGAGUUGCAGACAAAAGCAUCUUAAUAGACAAGAAAAUAAGACCGCUUAAAUAUUCAAAAAUGUAUGAGAAAGCUUGUUGUUGGUCCGUAAACGUUUACUGUAUAUGGACAACGAUGUACGUUCCGCAGUGACCGCUUUUUUAGGUUGUAUGAAACAGGUCGCACAAUAAUGCAUUUUAGAAACCUAAAGUAACAAUAGAUUAUAGUAGAGGUUUUUAGACAUAAGGUGCUUUCAUAAUACAGAAUUUAAUUGAACGAGUCAUUGCUGCGCACUGACUUGCGAGUGAAAUUGUUAGAAUGGCUGCCGCAGAUUGCAAAACAAUAGGCAGAUGGAGCUGCCGUUCAUUUAUUGUGUGCGUGACAACUAGGAAGGGUAUUGUAGGAAGGGUACUGUAGAGACAUGAGCAUCUGCGUGCGUGUAAGAUUGCCAGCUGGAUGGAAAAAACUCCCGUACAAUGUUUCUGUUGCUUUCUAUAACAGUAAAUGUUACAAACUGGAAAUGUUAUUUUGCAUUAUAGGUUUUAUUUUGUACAAUUUUAUUUGUAAUACUGCCGUUUCGCGUCUAUACAUCGAGCAUUCGUUUUUAAUUUUGCUGUUAGUGCAAUCGGACCAUCAAAUACUUUUCUAUUAAAUUUUUUAUUAAAUUAACUUUGUGAUCAAUUCCAUAGUACUGAUGAUCGUCUAUUUUACCAACAUUUUUUUAAUUCCCAAUAAACUCGGUAGAAUCUGUACACACGUGAUCAUUUUUUCAUUGUAUUGACACGUUUUCGUUCAAAAUCACUUUGUUUAUGACGCGUGCACAUAACAAUGAAAAUUCUCUGUAUCUGUAGGGUGAACAUUUUAGCUGUUUUUGAACAUUAUCUUUUGUGUACAUUAUGGCUAUUAGAGGAUUGUUUAAGAAUAAUUUAGGUAAAUCAGAGUUGAACUACUGUUUUUUUUUGAGAAAUUAAGUUAACAUUAUUCGAAUAACGAUUAUGAUAAUACACCAAGUUUCAAUUCAUGACUACAUUCAUUCUGCCUCGGUGGCAGAACGGUCACUAUUCUGGACUACCACGCUGCCCCGCAGAGGUCCCGGCUUCGAUUCCCGGGUCGAGAAUAUUUGGCCUACGUUUUUUGCUCUAAAAACUAGAGUAGUUUUGGUGACAAGAAUAGAAAAUCAUAAUAUAUAAACAAUUUAUUUUCGCGCAACUAAUAUUUAUAAUAUCUUAAAAGGGCCGUUACAAAGUCCUCUACAUAAAAAAAUUUUGGAUCACUGUGGAUAGACCACCCGUACGUAUUAUCCACGCAUUAUUUUAUUUAUAUACAAAAGUACAAACCGCUCCUAUGACCAAUGCAUAUUUACUUAAUCUAAGGAAACCCAUUUCGAUAUAAACUGGCAACACAUACGAAUUUAUGUCGAGGUUUUGUGUUCCGUGUGAAUCUCAAAAAACAAUUAUAUAAUCAAAUUAAAAAAAUAUUUCGAAUUUGUAUUUGCUUUGGUGGCUUCACUCUCGUGUUCGGUCUUCAUCUGCCUAUUGUUUUGUAAUCUAAGAUGGCUGCAUAUUUUAGGCAUAAGCAUUGACAUCAGAUAUUGACAAAAAUUAUUUUAUUAUGUGUGAAUUGGAUUUUACAUUGUUGUGCAUGUUUUCAUUGAGAUUUCAUUCAGCCAAACGAUUAUUUUAGUUGUUGGUAAAGAAACAAAUGUUCAAAAUACUUAAUGUUGGACAUAUAUUUUGCUCUUCAAGUACAGUUCAGUGCGUUAAAAAAACCUUAACCUUCACUGGUUUCGCGAAGUAACGCCUGAAUCUGAAUUAAUUACUUUCAGUGCGUUAAAAUUGAUUACGUCUUUUGUGUUUGUGUACAGAGUAUAUUUCAAUAGUAAUAACGGAGAUCACUAAAUUGUCAAAUGUCAAAAGUUCAUGAACCACUGAUUGGACACGAUCAGCGCAAUCGAUAAUCGAUGGUAAAAUAUAUCGACUGACAUAUGACGUACUUUAAUUGUGGCAACUGCAAUCAACUCAAUAAUUCAUUAAUAGGG